CAUACAGUCAAUUAUUGAUAACAGACACACCCCUGUAGACGCUGACACUAUGGGGACAAGAGGAGCGUAAUUUCCGUUCGAAUGAGUUCCAUCUCCAUCGGCCGACCACUUCGGCUGGCAAGACGAGGGGAAGAAAGGAACCAUUUGCCGCGUCAUCGAAAGCUGCCUAGACUGACCUUCUUGCAUAAAAGAGCACAAAAUGUCUCGAAAUAACCAGUCCAUUUCCUCGUUAAACAAACAAUAUGAAUUCAAACGCAUCCCUAUCUUCCUUCCUCCAGGUUAUCACUGGAACCAGCCAUACUUUCCUGACAUACCUAAGUUGGAUCCUUGCCUCUUGGAGACGUCCAAGAAGUCACCAAACCCGCAUCGUCUGUCUCUCUGAUACCCAUUCGCAGCAAUGCCCCGUUCCAGACGGCGACAUAUUGACCCACGCCGGCGAUAUGAGCCAGACCGGCAGCGCGGCCGACAUCCAAGAAACAAUCAAUUGGUUGAAGACCCUGCCGCAUAGACAUAAGGUCGUGGUUGCAGGCAAUAGCGAUCUCUUUUUCGACGCUCGGUCAAGGUUACCUGAAGACAUGGCCCUCUGUUCGGACAAGGAGAGCUCGUCAUGUCAAGAUGAUGUCUCUUCUAUCUUCGACUGGGGCGAUAUCCACUACCUCCAGGGCACGUCUGUGACGCUGGAUUGUAGUCCCAUCGACACUGAAUCCCCAGACCGAGUCUCAGGUUCAGUCCCCAGGUAUCUGAAAAUAUACGGCGCACCGUAUGUCCCCGAGUGUGGUCCCGAUCACGAAAACGCGUUUCAAUACCCAGUGACUCAUAAUGCAUGGAAUGGCAAGAUUCCUCCCUCGACUGACAUCCUAGUCACGCAUACGCCCCCAAAAUAUCACCUUGACUGGGACUUUGGAUCCCCCGAGGGCUGCGCAUUCUUACUUGAUGAAGUACGGAAAGUUAGACCGCUGCUUCAUGUGUUCGGGCAUGUGCAUGCUUCGUACGGCGCUGAGCGGGUUAUUUGGAAUAAGGCGCAGUUGAGAUGGGAGGGCUUUUGCGCGGAGGUUCAGGAGUUGCAGAGGCAAGAUGGUGUGAAGAUUCUUCGACGAGUAAAACUGGGGCUGGAUGCGACGAUGGUUUUGUUGUCUGGGGUCUGGGAUUUACUGGGGAGUUUGAUUGUCACGGGGCGUCUAGAAGGACAGUCAACUUUGAUGGUGAAUGCGGCGUGUAUGAAGGAGGAUGAGAAGUUGGGGAAUGAGCCUCGCCUAGUAUAUUUAUAGCGUAAAUCCACAAGCACUUUAGUGCUUCCAUAUGCCCCAGUCAUAACACCCCAAAAAGCGCUUAUUAAAUAUUACUCCUAGCCAUAAUUCCAGACCAUAGCUCCUGUUUAGCCAU